AUGUAUGCUUUGAUGUGUCUAUACUUAUAUUGCGUAGCCCUACCUGCGGCUGCUGCAAUCCAGCAUUUUUGGAACGAAGAUGAAUUUUGUCAAAAUCUGAACACAAAAUAUAUCGAUAAUAACCGUGUUAUUAAAAUUGCAAAUAUCACAUGUAAUGAUACACAGCCAAUAAGAGAUGACAUAAAUAUGUUAGAUAAUGUGCAGUUUUUGUGCCGUGAAUUUGAUUCACUAACCUACAUUUGGAUGUCGAAGAAUAAAAUUGACGGUACACAAAUAAUUGUGGAAUUGAUAUCACAUGAUAAACUGGACAUGCAUUUUAUAGAGGUGAAUUCGUCGUACAUUCGUCUUAACAAUCUAAAGCCAAACACCGAAUACGCUGCUAGAUUCCGGAAGUUGGUCAACGGCACUACAUAUCAUAUAAUAGAUAUGCCAAUCUGCAAGACGUUGGAUAAAAAACAAACUUUAGGCUUGGUGCACACGAUUAACAUUUCCAAUUUUACCGUGGCGGCCAAUUCUGCAUUAAACACGUCACUCACCUGGACGCCAUCGAAUGAUAUGAACUGUCGCUACAAAAUCGUUUACCACGCGGGCCGUAUAGAAGAAGGAUUGAAAACUCAUUUUGUGGACGUCAUCAGAGAGCCGAAUUCUGUAAACUUAAGCGGUUUGAUUCCGGACAGGGAAUACACGAUCGCAGUACAGUCGUACUACAGAAACAAGUCGUUGAUCAUCACUGGUGAUCCAGUGGAAUUCAAAUUCACGACGCCGUCAUGUCCGGAAAUCAACCAAUUCAACUUGAAUUUAUUGGACUUGUGCCCCCCGGGGAAACCGUACGACAUAAAGCUGUCAGAGGCGCUAUCGGCGGGCAGCGUUUACGAGGGCAGAUACGACGUGCGAGUGCACUGGAAGAGCCCGAACACGGACGGCCGGGGAGUGGACUACUUCGUGGUGAAGUUGGACAAGGAGGCGAAGAAAGUGUCGGGCAAGGACUACGUGGCAGCACUCGAGCAGCAGAGCAACGAGGAUGAGGCGAAGAACGGGUCGUCGUCGGGCGCCGAGGUGUACGUGACGUCGUUCGAGAACGUGUCGCUGAGCGACCGGUACUUCGCUAGCGUGCAAGCGUUUUCGCAAUUCGGCAACAGCAGCGAGACGAUCGUGGAACGGAAGCCGCGCGCCGACAACGCGGCCACCGAGCUACACCAAUCGCACUAUCCGCCGUGGAUGACCGUGACGCUGUUCGCCUCGUUGGCGUUGUGCGCGGCGCUGGCCGUCGGCCAGGUGUUGCACCGGCGCGCGGCGGCCGGAUCGGACACGGGCGCCGAUAAGGGCGGCGCGUCGGCGGAAGGUUACGACUUGGCCGUGCUCAAGGUGCUGGACGACGUGGACGUGCUGCUGGACGACGACGUGGUCACCGUGUCCGACGUGUUCCUGGGACACGGCCACUUUGGCGUGGUCAAGAAGGGCGCGCUGAAGAUGGCCGACGGCCGGGUGUGCUCAGUGGCCGUCAAGUCGCUGCGGGACCGACCCAGCGGCCGGGACCUGGACGAGUUCCUGCGCGAGAUACUGCUCAUGCAGAAGGUCGGCAAGCAUCCAAACAUCGUGUCCAUGAUCGGAUGUUGUCUGGAUGCCAACAAGCGGUGCAUGCUGGUCGUCGAAUACUGUCCGCUGGGCGAUUUGCAGACUUACCUGAGAAAGGUCAGCAUCAAAUCGUGGUACGCCAACGACUUUUACGUUGGUCGGACGGAUCCGUCAGAGCUGACGGCUGUGUCGAACAGCAAGGGAGUCGAAUCACUGCAGGACGUGUCAGGUCCGCCGCCGAUGGUCUUCAACAACUGUUACUUGUAUCACGGUGAUGAAAACGUAUUCCUCACGGUCGACGACUUGUUACGUUUCGCCAGCCAAGCGGCCAACGGCAUGAUGUUUUUGGAAAGUAACCGAGUAGUACACAGGGACUUGGCCGCUCGGAACGUAUUACUCAGCGACCACCGCACAAUAAAAAUUUGCGAUUUCGGCCUUAGUCGGGACGUAUACGAACAGAACCUUUACCAGAAGUCAAACCGUGGCGACCCAUUACCAGUAAAGUGGAUGGCCCUGGAGUCACUCAAGUAUCAGCUGUACACCACCCAGAGUGACGUGUGGUCUUUUGGCGUACUUCUCUGGGAAAUCAUGAUGUUGGGAGGGUCUCCAUACCCGACGAUCAGUUCGUCCAGGAUAUACGAAGUAUUGCGUAGGGGAUACCGUAUGCCUAGGCCCACUUUAUGCUGUUACAGUUUGUACGAAGUUAUGAUAGCGUGCUGGCAUUCCAACCCUGCCAACCGGCCGAAAUUCGGUGCGAUCAAAGACAAAAUCGACGGUAUAAUAGAAAACCAAUGCUCAUAAAGUCAUAAUCACACAUU